AUGAUAAUACUGAUCUGUGUGGCAUUCGGCCUUUGGGUGUGGUAUCGAAGGAAUGCUAACAAGAAUGAACCCCCCGCCAUUCCUGGAGGUCUACCUUUAAUAGGUCAUGCACAUUUACUAAUCGGCGACAGUGAACAACUGUGGAACUCUGUUAAAGAGUUGUCGUAUGAGAGUUUAAGAGUAGGUGGAGUGAUUUCUGCGUCCAUCGGUCCAAGGACUAUUUAUGUGAUAACUGAUCCGGACGAUUUCUUGACUGUAGCCAACACUUGUUUAGAAAAAGAUGGUUUUUAUGAAUUUGCAAAACCAUGGCUGGGAGAGGGCCUAGUUACAGGAACUGUUUCCAUAUGGAAAGUGCACCGUAAACUGCUAAAUCCUGCGUUCAGUCAAGUGGUACUCGAUGGUUUUUUGGAUGUUUUCAAUAAACAAGCUCGACGUUUAGUUAAAGAUUUGGCAGAAGAAGUUGGAAAGGGUCCUUUCGAUCACUGGGUGUACACACGACAUAAUGCUUUGGAAACUAUAUGCUUGACAGCUUUAGGUGUUGAUUUCACUGAUAAGACAAUACUAAACAGCCAAUAUGUGAAUGCUGCAGAGCAAAUGUUCAACGUACUUGUGGACAGAUUCCAGAAGUUCUGGCUACACAAUCAUUUCAUCUACAGCUGGUCUUCAUUAAGAAAGAAACAGGAUGGAUAUUUGAAAAUUCUUCACAACUUGUCCGAUACGGUUUUAAAAAAGAGAAAAGCAGAAUAUUUAAAUAAUAAUAAUCCAAAGAUGGUAGAAAAGGUGCAAGGUCUAAAAUUUAAGCCAUUCAUGGAUCUUCUGUUAGAACUAGCAAUAGAGAAAGAAGCGUUCAAUGAUCGUGAGAUUAGAGAACACGUUGACACCAUGAUUGUAGGCGGUCAUGAUACGUCAGCGAGUGUUCUCAUGUACAGUAUGUUGUUGGUCGGUUCCUAUCCACACGUGCAAGAGAGAAUAUUUGAAGAAUUAAAUGAUGUUUUCGGUGAUGACGAUAGAGACUUAACGAAGUAUGAUUUGUCACGGUUAUUUUAUUUGGAAGCUGUUUUAAAAGAGACAAUGCGUUUUUACCCAAUCGUUCCAGUCACAGCUAGAUAUCUAGACAAGAAUGUAAAGUUGCGUAACUGCACGCUGACUAAAGGCCGCACUUGCUUUAUGUUUGUGUAUGGGGUCCAUCGCCACCCCAUGUGGGGUCCCGAUGCUGAAGAAUUUAAACCUGAGCGAUGGCUCGACCCCGCUACUUUACCUGAAUGUCCGACGGCAUUUGCUGGUUUCAGCAUGGGGAGAAGAAUUUGUAUAGGCAAAUCAUACGCUUACAUGUCCAUGAAAACUACGUUAGCACAUCUGUACAGACAUUACAGGGUUAAGGGCGAUCACACAAAAUUACAAGCUAAAUUAGAUGUUAUGCUGAAACCAGUGUCUGGAUAUUACAUAACGAUUGAGAGAAGGAAGAAA